GAAGUGAAUGGUUUUACCCAGAGGGCCGUGCGCCGCCUUUCUCCGCUGGCCCCGGCGCGCCCGGCAGCUCCUCCCCGGUCAUGGCGUUCACUUUCGCGGCCUUCUGCUAUAUGCUGGCGCUGCUGCUCACUGCCGCGCUCAUCUUCUUCGCCAUCUGGCACAUCAUAGCAUUUGAUGAGCUGAAGACUGAUUACAAGAACCCUAUAGACCAGUGCAAUACCCUGAAUCCUCUUGUGCUUCCGGAGUACCUCAUCCACGCCUUCUUCUGUGUCAUGUUCCUCUGCGCGGCAGAGUGGCUCACACUGGGCCUCAAUAUGCCCCUUCUGGCGUACCAUAUUUGGAGGUAUAUGAGUAGACCGGUGAUGAGCGGCCCCGGCCUCUACGACCCGACGACCAUCAUGAAUGCAGACAUUCUAGCCUACUGUCAGAAGGAAGGAUGGUGCAAACUAGCGUUUUACCUUCUAGCGUUUUUUUACUACCUAUACGGCAUGAUCUAUGUUCUGGUGAGCUCUUAGAACAACACAGAAGAAUCGGUCCAGUUCAGUGCAUGCAAAACACCACCAACGAAGGGAUUCUGUCCAGCAAGGUCCUGUUUCCAAGAGUAGCCAUGGAGUUUGAUCAGUUACUUUAAAAAAUGACUUCUUAUUUUUUAAAUGUUUCCACAUUUUUUGCUUGUGGAAAGACUGUUUUCAUAUGUUCUACUUGGAUAAAGAAUUUAAAUGGAAUUACGUAUAAAUUAAUAUAAAAUGAUUACCUCUGGUGUUGACAGGUUGAACUUGCACUCUUAAGGAACAGCGUUAAGCCUCCGGGUGAUUGCAUUGAUUACUGACCGCCCUCAGCCCAUUGGAAGCUUUGUUUAGAGGACUUGUUGGGCUCAUUUUGGUUUUAUUGAAAUGCCAUCUAAAUAUAAAUUAGCUGUAGAUAUGAGGUGCUUCUGGUGAACUGAAAGUGUCUAUCUGACUCGUGGGAAACAUGGUAGGUUCCCCACUUAUCACUGUAGAUGAUUCUAUAUGGACAACAGUAAGAAGAGUGGGACCUCGUCCCUGUCGACUUGAGUAUUAUCCCUAUGUAUUGCAUGAGAGGGGUCUCCCUCAUUCCAUCAGAGUAAUACACUUGCUUUAAUUCUUAAGCCUAAGUGAUAUAAACAGGCUGAAUUACCUGUAAAGAAUGCAUUUAAAGCUAUUCUAAAUGGGUUUUUAUUUGUAAGACAUUAUUUACUAAGAAAUUGGUUAUAUUAAUGCUUACUGUUCUAAUCCAGUGGUUAAGGUAUUAAGAAUUUGCAAGUACUUUAGAUUUUCAAAAAUGAAUGAGAGAACUGUGUAACCGCCCAGCUGUUCCUUCAGUGCAACACAAUAAAACUCUGAAAUGAA